AUGUACAGAAAAAACAAUUACAUCAAACCAACGAUUAAUUUGGUUCCGAACAUGGAAGUUGCAAAAGCCUUCAAAGAUCCUUCGGAAAUGAUUCGGAAGCGAAACGAACUGUCGGAGAAAAAGAAGAACAAACUUGUUACUAACAACACAGCAAUAGAACCUUCCAUAAAUUCAAAACAAAGUACCACUCCCCAUGGCUCAACAAAUACUCUCAUUGAGUCUACAAGGAAACGUGUGAAAAAGAUUUUCACUCUCAACUUUACAAGUCAACAAAACAAUGGAAGUGAAGUCAUCGAUGAACCAAUUGAAAAUUUUUCCAAGCUAGAACUCAUCCAUCGAAAAUUAACAAAUCAACAAAUUAAGGAAUGUGUCACUCCAUACACAUUUGUAACGUUGAAUGAGUUAUAUCAAGAUUGUGUGAACAAUGAGAAGUAUGACAUUUAUAACCUCUAUUCCAAUUGGUGUACAAUAUUUACUCUCAUGGAGGAGCUUCCUCCAUUAAUUUGUCAAGCCAAAGGAGUAGAGUUUAGUGUUUGGAGAGUGUCAGAUAAUUUGAAUGACAUGUGUGCUGUGAUGUUGAUUCCAAUCUCAGAAAAUCGAAAUGCAAACAAAAAAGAAAAUAUUGAAGAACUUGCUAGAGGACAUGUCAUAAUCUUGGCAAAUCCUGUUAUAUUGCAAAUCAAUAGGAAAGAAACAGAUACAGACAACACAUUGUCAACAUUGUGUACUGAAUCAAGUCCCAUGGCAUUUGUUGUAGAGACAAAAACAACUUCAUUUAGGAUUAUUGGGAAAGCUAAACAUUAUGGAACUUGUGCCUAUGUUCCUAUGGACUUUAACAAGUAUACAGGAAAUAAUUUGAAGCUUUUGAGUAUGUUAAACGAGAAGAAGAAGAAGAGAAAGCAUAACGAUGAUGACAUGAAUGAAGACAAAACUUCACAACAAUCCAAUCCAUCCUCUUCCUCUUCAAAACAAUCUCCUCAUUCCUUUUGCUCAUGUCCUAUUAAUACAGCUGUGAGCAGGUAUUGUCUCUAUCAUUUCAAUAAGAAGAGCAGCGAAGUUCAAAACAGUAGAGUUGAAUGCAAUGGCUCGAACAUUGUGGAGAAAGUAGCAAAUGCGUUCGAAAAACCAACAGUUUUCAAUUAUUUUGGUGUGACCUUGUUUAUUGACCCAACAGUGAAUAUCAAAAAACUGGUGAGAACUCACUCUGAUGAAAAACCAAAAGACUUGCCUGAUCUAACAAAAAAGAAGAAGCCAAAACCAAAGAUUGACGGACAAGUCACGAAUGCAGUUGUUGACCACUUGGCUUCAAAUUCAAGAAGUGCAAAGUAUUUUGUGGCAGCAAGAUCCUCUCUGAUCAAACAAGACUUACUUGCCAAUAGCAAGACAAAGAAUUUAACAGACAAACAAAUUGAUCUGGUUGCCAGAAAUGCUGUAAUGAAAACGAUUGAAACUGCCCAAGAAAAAUCGCAGCCCAACAAGCGAAAGGUAGUAGAAAUUGAAGUGUCAGACACUGAAAGUGAAUCAGACGACGAAAAUUAA